CUCAAGCCCCAGCACCGCCUUCCUGUGUGGUUUCAGCUGCCCAGAGAGUGUCAUGGACUUGGAGAAGCCAAUGAAAAGCGUGCUGGUGGUGGCUCUCCUUGUCAUUUUCCAGGUGUGCCUGUGCCAAGAUGAGGUCACAGAUGAUUACAUCGGAGACAACACCACAGUGGACUACACGCUCUUCGAGUCCGUGUGCUUCAAGAAGGACGUGCGGAACUUUAAGGCCUGGUUCCUCCCAAUCAUGUACUCCAUCAUCUGCUUCGUGGGUCUGCUGGGCAACGGGCUGGUCGUGCUCACCUACAUCUAUUUCAAGAGGCUCAAGACCAUGACUGAUACCUACCUGCUCAACCUGGCCAUGGCGGACAUCCUCUUCCUCCUGACCCUUCCCUUCUGGGCAUACAGUGCGGCCAAGUCCUGGGCCUUCGGUGUCCACAUGUGCAAGUUCAUUUUUGGCAUCUACAAGAUAAGCUUCUUCAGCGGCAUGCUCCUACUUCUUUGCAUCAGCAUUGACCGCUAUGUGGCCAUCGUCCAGGCCGUCUCGGCCCACCGCCACCGUGCCCGCGUCCUUUUCAUCAGCAAGCUCUCCUGUGUGGGCAUCUGGAUGCUGGCCACUGUGCUCUCCACCCCAGAGCUGCUGUACAGCGGCAUCCAGAAGAGCAGCAGCGAGCAAGUGCUGCGGUGCUCUCUCAUCACCGAGCACGUGGAGGCCUUGAUCACCAUCCAGGUGGCCCAGAUGGUGGUGGGCUUUCUGAUCCCCCUGGUGGCCAUGAGCUUCUGCUACCUUGUUAUCAUCCGCACCCUGCUCCAGGCGCGCAACUUUGAACGGAACAAAGCCAUCAAGGUGAUCAUCGCCGUGGUGGUGGUCUUCAUAGCUUUCCAGCUGCCCUACAAUGGGGUGGUCCUGGCCCAGACGGUGGCCAACUUCAAUAUCACGACCACCAGCAGCUGUGAGCUCAGCAAGCAACUCAACAUCGCCUACGACAUCACCUACAGCCUGGCCUGCGUCCGCUGCUGUGUCAACCCUUUCUUGUACGCCUUCAUCGGCGUCAAGUUCCGCAAUGACCUCUUCAAGCUCUUUAAGGACUUGGGCUGCCUCAGCCAGGAGCAGCUCCGGCAGUGGUCGUCCUGCCGGCACAUCCGGCGUUCCUCGAUGAGUAUGGAGGCCGAGACCACCACCACCUUCUCCCCAUAGAGGUUCCCCUGCCUGGACUAGAGGGACCCCUCCCAGGGCCCCCGGGUCGGGGACAGGGAGCUGAUGACAUGACUUGGGACCCAAAAGCUACUGAGGGAAACGCAGUUCUUCUGGCCAUUCCAAGGCCCGUCUGAUGGUGAAAACCCGUGCCACAGAAGACAGAUGAACCCCGACCCGAGCUACCUCAACCAAGUUUGCAAAGAUAUGUGGCUGAUACAGCUAAAAAGUACAGCAACACUCCAACACCAAGACUGUUGUCCCCAACCAAAAACCAAAAGUGAAAGUCAAAAAAGUUCACACUUCUUGAAUCAAAGGGAUAGGUGUUGAUGAGAGCCAAGGUGGUGGAAGGACCUGGGGAGCCCUCAGAAUGAAAUUUCAAGGGCUGAGGCAAAGUCUUCCAGAAAACAAGGCUUUGUCUCCAAUACUAGAGGUGGUGGGGAGACUUCUUGGCUUGUCAGGGAAAGGAGGACGCCAAUAGGUCAACUAACUCUCGGAAUCCUUCCCUCCAUCUCUUUUUCCACUGUCAUCCAAGCCAGCAAGAAAUGGCAGUAUCCAACCUCCCUACAAACAUACUUGCCCCUCUCCUGCUGCCUCUUCUCCGGCUGUUGCCCUCCCAGGCUCUCCACAGGGAGGGGUGUGGUGUUUCCUACAGACCAGGCCAGCUGCCUCCAGCCAGCCAAAGCCAUGUUCCCAGCCAGGGCUCUGGGAUGGGGAUGAUGCGUGGCCAGACCUUCUCAGGUCUCAGCUCUGCUAGGAUGGAGGAGAGGGGAGAGGGAAAGGGUAGGGGCCGGGGCGUGGGUGACAAAGCUGGCUGCAGAAGGCCAACGAGCUGUUUCUUUGUUCUUUGUCACAGGGACAAAAUACUUUUCAUCCUGUUCUGCUUUCAAUUCAUUAAGAGAGCACAUUUUACUCAUACACAAAUAAAAGUUUUCCCUUGAGGAAACAACAGCUUUAAA